AUGGAGCCCUUCCAAGUGCGCCUAAACUGUGUGGACCAUUAUCAAGCAAACCCAUCAGAAUUCGAUCCUCCUUUGCCGUACCGAGAUGGCAAUAGUGAAAAGAACUAUAGGCCUAAGGUUCCUGUCAUCAGGAUAUUCGGUACUACAGAAACAGGUCAAAAAAUAUGCGUCCAUGUUCACGGGGCCUUUCCUUACCUCUACGUCCAGUAUGACGGGGAUCUGAGCCCCGAUGCAGUGCGUUCUGCCGCAAGAAGUCUACACCUGUCCAUAGACCAUGCAUUAGCUGUCAGCUAUCGCCGCAAUGCAUACGACAAAAAGACGGCGUUCGUUGGGCAUAUUACCUUGGUAAAGGGCGUCCCGUUUUACGGCUAUCAUGUGGGAUAUCGAUUCUUUUUCAAGAUUUAUCUAUUGAACCCCAUCUACAUCACAAGGCUAGCGGAUCUGCUGCUCCAAGGAGCCGUGAUGAAACGCCCAAUUCAACCAUACGAAAGUCAUCUGCAAUAUGUCCCGCAAUGGAUGUGUGACUAUAACUUAUUUGGCUGCGCCUUCAUGAAAUGUAGCAAGGCCAAAUUCCGCUCUCCUAUACCGGAAUAUCUGGAUCUUCCUGAUUUGUCCCAUCGGUGGCAUGACCGAUCAAUACCACCAGACUGGAUCUCAGAUGAAGGGGAAUUGGGCAAGCAGAGCCACUGUCCUUUGGAAGCCGACGUCUGCGUUCAAGACAUUUUGAACAGGCUUGAAAUCAACGAACGCUCUAUUCACCAUGACUUCGGGGAGUUUCUGAAACCCGUGGCAUCGAACGAAAAGCUUGUCCCAAGUAUGGCGGGGUUAUGGCAGGAUGAAAAGCGUCGGCGAAAGAGGAAAAUUGGGCUUGAAGAUCCGGAAAGCAGCCCGUUCAGCACCGAAGACCUGGUUUCAUUCUCAUCUGAUCCGAGGAAGAACUCGCAGGGAGACUGGAUCCACAAAGAUGAGUUUCAAGAAUUAAUUACGCAAAUUGCUGCCGAGGAGAGAGGUCGAGAUAGUGACAAGGAUGCGACGCUAGAUGGGCUUUUGCGGGAUAAUCCCUAUACCAGGGAUAUCAAGACCGCUUUAGAGAGCAUCGAAGAUUUCUUCCCUGGCCCUGACGGUUUUGCUAACCUGCAACUUCCUUAUAGCUCUGAAAAUGAAUAUAUAGAAGGACAAGCCCAGGAUUAUGUUGAUGAAGAUGCUGCUCGAACCGCUGAAUUGGAUGCGGGGCACUACUCCUCUGAUGAGAAUGGCAUGGUCGAUAUAUUCUCCGAUGAUGAUUACGAGGAAACUGAAAAUGAGAUGGAGCAGGCGGACCUGGAGAAUGAUAUGCAGCAGGAAGAAAAUUCCGAUGCUAGUUCCCACGCUCAUGGGUCUCAGGUUCCUGUCCCAUCGGUUACUGGACUUAGAGACAGUACUGGACUAGAGGUACCGCCGAGUGAUGUACCCAGUACAUGGGGCACAGGGAAUUUCAAGACUCCUACUCGACCGAACUUGGAAAGCGAUCAUCCGAGACAGAAAUAUUUUGAGACGUUGAGUAGCUCUUUCCAGGCUCUGGAGCGACCUGGCCUUGUUCAAACUUGGAAAGCGAACCCAGAGAGCGGCAUCAACGAACUCAGCACUCCAAUUCGUACUACGGAGCCAUCCUCCUCACUCAGACAAAGCUCAUCCCAACAAACAAUUCGUCCCAAAGGCAACAGUCAACAUGGCACCUUGAACUUUCCUGUUGUCAAGGAUCCUAAUGACCCCAUGACAGUCUUGCGUUUCAGCCAAGAAGCAUCGAGUUCGAAGGUCUUAUUAGCAAUGGUAGCAAAGGGGCCUAGCAAUUCUGGGGAUAGCGAGAGCACGCUACAGUUGCCUUCGUCACCUGUGGCAGGGCUUAGUAGUUCAUUGGAUAUAGUCGCAUCCGACUUCGCAGCACCCAUGUUUGAGGCUUUUAACAUCCCACCAGGGACUCGCUUGGGAUGCUUGCGGCGAGCCUGCCCGGAACCUGCAGAAGUCUCCUCAACAUUGAACUCAUACGGCCUCUCAAAUAUCAUCUAUUCAAAGGCGCACUAUAGCACGGAUAGUGAUGUUCCUGAUCGCCCUCGUGAUUACGCAGGAAGAGAGUUUCACAUCGAAGGUGUCAGUAUUCGCUACCUUCCCAACUUCGAUCCUUCUGGUCGUUUACCUGCAAUACUAGCGGAGGAGAGCAUAACUUCGAAAGCCAGAUGUGACUGGGAAGAAGUGGACAACGAGCUGCGGGUGGCGUGUACGGCCAGAUUCUGGGAAUUUGCUCCUGUGCCUCCGAGCCGCUCAGAGGUUAUCACUUGGUUUGAGGACGAACAGCGGAAAGCUGUAACAGCAACCACGAAAACGAAAGAAAAGCGCGACGAGAAAGAGUCUCGCGUCAAGGCACUUUCACAGAUUGAGGGCCCAACACAAAAGAACGACCACGGAUUCAAGUACUCGCAGAAUGAAAAGUCGACCAGCGUCGAGCACCAGGCUCAAUAUAUGAGCACCAUGAGUCUGGAAGUCCAUGUAAAUACCCGUGGCGUGCUCUCACCGAACCCCGAGGAUGACGAAAUAGCCUCCUUCUUUUGGUGUAUCAACUCGGAAGAGGACCCCGAUGAAAUCCCCUCAGGUGUCGUCUUUCAAGGGGAAGGAAAGCCUCCUGAACUCAAGAUCUCCAAGGCCUUGAGGUUUGAAUGGGAGCAUGAACCGACGGAACUGGACCUAAUCAACCGUUUAGUUGAUAUCGUUCGAUUAUAUGAUCCUGAUAUUAUUACUGGAUACGAAGUGCAUAAUGGAUCAUGGGGAUACGUUAUUGAGAGGGCCAGGAAAAAGUACGACUUUGACCUUUGUGAUGAACUGUCACGAGUCAAAUCGCAAGCUCAUGGACGGUUUGGCAAGGAAGCUGAUAAAUGGGGAUUCAACCACGCAUCAUCCAUUCGAGUUACUGGGCGACAUAUAAUCAACAUAUGGCGCGCCAUGAGGAGUGAGAUGACUCUGCUUCAGUACACCAUGGAGAACGUCGUUUUCCAUCUCCUGCACCGGCGAAUUCCGCAUUACUCGUUCCAGGACCUCACUUCAUGGUAUCAGAGUGAUAAGCCACGGGACUUCAUGAAAGUUAUCAAUUACUUCUCUUCACGCGUUAAAAUGAACAUUGAAAUCAUAAACGCUAAUGAAUUGAUACCAAGAACCAGCGAACAAGCCAGACUGCUUGGUAUCGACUUUUACUCAGUGUUCUCUCGAGGCUCCCAGUUCAAGGUUGAGUCUCUGAUGUUUCGAAUUGCGAAGCCGGAGAACUUUAUGCUUGUUUCACCGAGCAGGAAGCAAGUUGGCCAACAGAAUGCACUUGAGUGCCUUCCAUUGGUUAUGGAACCCCAAAGCGACUUCUAUACUAGCCCUCUUAUUGUUUUGGACUUCCAAUCAUUAUACCCCAGCAUCAUGAUCGCUUACAACUAUUGUUACUCUACCUUUCUUGGCAGGGUCCAGUCAUGGAGGGGGCGGAAUAAGAUGGGCUUCAUGGACUACAAUCGGCAGCCCAGGCUGCUGGAACUGCUCAGAGACCACAUCAAUAUCGCGCCGAAUGGCAUGAUCUAUGCGAAAUCUGAAGUGCGGAAGUCGCUCCUUGCCAAAAUGCUUGCGGAGAUAUUGGAGACCCGCGUAAUGGUCAAGACCGGAAUGAAGACAGACAAAGAUGACCGAGCACUGCAGCGCCUCCUCAACAACCGACAGCUUGCGCUAAAGCUAAUAGCUAAUGUCACUUACGGAUACACAUCGGCUUCCUUUUCGGGGAGAAUGCCCUGCGCUGAAAUAGCCGAUAGCAUUGUCCAAUCGGGACGGGAGACACUCGAAAAAGCAAUCGCGUACAUCCAUUCAGUCGAGCGAUGGGGUGCUGAAGUGGUCUACGGAGAUACAGACAGUCUUUUUGUCUACCUCAAGGGACGUACUCGAGAUCAGGCCUUUGAUAUUGGCGAAGAAAUCGCUCAAGCUGUUACCGAGAUGAACCCGCAGCCUAUAAAACUCAAAUUCGAAAAAGUGUAUCAUCCAUGUGUGCUACUCGCUAAAAAACGUUACGUUGGCUUCAAGUAUGAACAGAGGGACCAGAAGCAGCCCGAAUUCGACGCCAAGGGCAUCGAAACUGUGCGUCGCGAUGGCACCCCUGCAGAGCAGAAGAUCGAAGAGAAGGCACUCAAGCUGCUCUUCAGAACCUCAGAUCUAAGCCAGGUGAAGAGCUACUUUCAGAGCCAAUGCACGAAAAUCAUGGAAGGACGGGUAUCAGUCCAGGACUUUUGUUUUGCCCGAGCAGUAAAACUCGGAACCUACAGCGAGAACGGGACACUCCCCGCCGGAGCUCUCAUCAGCACAAAGAAGAUGCUCGAGGACCCCCGUGCGGAACCCCAAUACGGGGAACGCAUUCCUUACGUCGUCGUCACAGGAGCUCCAGGGUCAAGACUUAUUGACCGCUGCGUACCUCCAGAGACGCUCCUUCAAGAUGCACAGCUCGACCUGGACGCAGAAUACUACAUCACGAAGAAUCUCAUCCCUCCUUUAGAACGCAUCUUCAACCUUGUCGGAGCUAAUGUCCGCCAGUGGUACGAUGAAAUGCCGAAAGUCCAUCGUAUCCGCCGCGUAGAGGGCACAUCCUCCGUCGUCGGCGGGAAGAGCAGCAUCCGAACUCUUGAAUCCUAUAUGAAAGCGUCGACUUGCAUCGUCUGCAAGACUAAACUCUACGAUGCCGAAGUCCCCCUCUGCUCGGAUUGCGUGCGGCAGUCUCCCAUCUCUCUACUCGAGCUUGUCUCUCGGCAGCGCCAGGCUGAGCAGAGGGUUGCUAAUCUCGAGCGUGUCUGUCGGUCUUGCAUGGAUGUUCCGUUUGGUGAUGAAGUCAAAUGCGAUAGCCUGGACUGCCCUGUUUUUUACGCGAGAACGAGGAGUUUGGCCCAUUGGAGACAUACUAAUGCUGUACUUGAUCCUGUUAUCAAGCUUUUAGAAGACAAUUGUGGCGAUGAGCUGGAGUGGUAG